AUGACGACGCGGUUGAUUGUGAAAAAUUUGCCGACAAAUUGCACAGAAGCUGAAGUUCGAAAAUGUUUUGAAAAGUUCGGACCACUCUCUGAUACUUCGUUGAAAUACACAAAAGAUGGAAAAUUCCGUGGUUUUGCGUUUGUUGGUUAUUCUGACGAAUCUGCAGCACAAAAAGCUAUUGAUAAUUUGAAUCAGAAGUUUUUCGGAUCUCGAAAGCUAUCGGUAAUGUUCAUAUUUUCAAAAUUAUCUUUAAUUAAUGUUAAUUUUAGGUGGAGGAAUGUCGUCCGUUUGGUGAUGCGGAUAAACCGCGAGCAUGGAGUAAAUAUGCAAAAGAUUCAAGUGCUUAUAAAAGAGCUCAUCCAGAAGAACAGAAAUCUGAAAGUGGAAAAGAAAAAGGCGACACAGAAGAACCUUCAAAUAAGAAACAAAAGAAAGAUGCGAAAUUCGAGCAAUUUUUAGAAGCAAAAGGAGUUGCUGUUGAAAAAGAAGUUGAUGUGAAAAUAAAAGUAAAAUCUGAAGAACACGCAAAACUUUUGAAAGAACUUUUAGAAGGUAUUGAAGGUGAUACAUCUCUCAGUUUAGUAUUCUCAGGACUUCCAUCAAGUAUCAAAGGAAAAAAUAUCAAAGAAUGGUUGAAUCCGAUUCGUGUAAAAGCUAUGAAAAUUGUGAGAAAUGAAGAAUCUGCUCUCGGUUUUGUGACAUUCAAUAGACCUCCAGAUGUUAGAAGAGCUCUUUCGAAAAAUGAUGAAUUUCUUGGUGGUUAUAAAAUUGGUGUGGAAAAAGUAGAAGAGCCUGAAAAAGAGAAAGAAAUUCAAAGAAAUGAAGAAUAUGGACAAGAAUUGGUCGAUCGGAAAAAGGAAGAGGAAACUGUUAGAGAGAAGAUUUUAGAAACUGGAAGAUUGUUCUUGAGAAAUUUGCCGUAUGUCACAAAAGAGGAUGAUUUGCAAUAUCUUUUCAAGAAAUAUGGAGAGAUUUCAGAAAUUCAGGUGAGAAAUUAGAGAUGAGGAAUGAGUAAAGAUAUCUGUUUUUAUAGGUGAUCCAAAAGAAAUCAGAUGGUACAUGUAAAGGUUUUGCAAUUGUUGAAUUCGUCUUCCCUGAAGCCGCAGUUGCUGCAUAUUCUGCAUUAGAUGGAUUUGUUUUCAAGGUAAACUUUUAAAUGAAACAAUUUUUAAACCGAAACGAGUCUGUAACUUCUAAAAAAUAGUGUAUCGGAAUAACUAUGAUCAGUAUAUCAUUUUCAUUCUUUAAAAUCCCUUUUUGCAGGGUCGUAUGAUGCAUAUUUUGCCUGGUGAAGAAGCUCGUGAAAAACCAUCGUCUGAAAAAGAAAAAGAACAAGAAAAAUCUGAAACCGAUCCAUCUCAAGAAGAUUCUGAAGCACCGCCCAAAAAACCAAAAAAGAAGACAUAUAAAGAAGAAAAAGAGGAGAAAAUGAAAGCAAAUGCUGGAAAAACACAUUCAUGGAAUGCCUUAUUUUUGGGACCAAAUGCGAUUGCCGAUACACUUGCAGCUCGAUUAAAUGUAUCAAAAGCCGACUUAUUAACAUCUGAUACUGGAGAAAGUGCUGGUGUUCGAUUGGCUUUGGCUGAAACAAAAUUGGUGCAAGAAACUCGGGAUUUCUUCUUGGAAAAUGGUGUAAAAUUGGACGCGUUUUCAAAACCGGCUGAAAAACGAAGUGAUUUGGUGAUGUUGGCAAAGAAUUUGCCAGCUGGAGUUAAUGUUGAAGAAUUGGAAAGAAUGUUUGCGAAAUAUGGAGAUUUGAAGAAAGUUUUGAUGCCAAAAGAAGGAGGAGUUUCGGCACUGAUUAUUAUGGGAAAUAGUGUUGAUGCGAAAAAAGCAUUUAAGGGUGAGUCAGAUUUUUUAUUUAAAAAAUUGAUCACGAUCCCGUUGUGAAAAAUUGUAACCUACUAUGAGUUAUGACGUGAAAAAGUUCGAAAUUUUCAAAAAUCGAGGCUAUAACUAGCUUGAAAAUAUUUUUUGAUGUUAGGUGAAGCUUUUUUCAUAACUCAUAUUAGGUUCUGCAAUUUUUGACAACGGAAACAUGGUUAGUUGGUCGAAAACUUCUAGAACACAUCUAAAAAAAAUGAAUAAAACGUUUAAAAAGUUCCCUGGGUCGUUUUGGCAAAUGAACUUUCCAAUUAUUCCUCAAAAAUCAAGUUUUUUAACACUUAUAAAUUUGUUUUAGCCCUCGCAUAUUCUCGUUUCCGAUCUCAACCAUUAUAUUUGGAAUGGGCACCUUUUGAUGCGAUGGAAAAAGAGGAAAAUGAGAAUAAAUCGAAAAAUCUGAAAAAGAAAGAAGAAGAACCAAAGAAGUCGAAACGUGAAAUGACUUAUGAAGAAAAACGAGAUUUGAAGAGGAAAAAGAGAGGUGAAAUUCAAGAAGAUGUUAAGGAAGAACAAGAGGAUGAAGAAGAGGAAAAUGAGCAAGAGGUAAGAAUUUUGGGAUUAAAAUUGACCUAAACACAUCAAAUUUUCAGGAUCAACCAGAAGAUAUUCCUGAAUCAAGUUCUAAAUCGCAAUCUAAAAAAUCAGAAAAUGACCGAGUUAUCGAAUCUGGCAGCACUCUUUUUGUCAAAAAUCUUGCUUUCGAUACAACUGAUUAUUCAUUGGAAACAAUGUUCAAAAAACGAUAUGGAGAUCGAAUAAAAUCGGCGCAAAUUUCGAAGAAAUUGAAUCCGGCUGAACCAACGAAAAAUCUAUCGAUGGGUUUCGGAUUUGUACAAUUUUAUCGAGCCGAAGAUGCGAAAUUGGCAUUGAAAGAAAUGCAAGGAGAAUUAUUGGAUGGACAUUGUUUGGAACUGAAAAUAUCGCACAGAGAGGUCGGUUUGUUGGGUGGAAAAUUUUCGCGGAAAAUAAAUUCUUGUUCUCCUCGUGAACGACACUUUUCGCCCCAAUUUUCACGAAAAUGAUAUGAUUUUAUUUUUUCCUGACUGAAAAUAAGAAAGUGUUCCUCCUUUGUUUUGAGAAAAACAGAAUUUUAUGUCCAAAAAAACUCCAAAGAAAUUUCUAGACCUACUGAAAAUUUCUAUAAAAAAUUCGUCUCGAGAUCCAAAAAAUUACAAUUCUCACCCAUAUUUUUAUUUCAUUCCAGCAAGUCGACAAAGAUGCUCUUAAACGAAAAGAUAUCCAAAACAAAGAACAAGGAGAAAGCACAAAAUUAAUUAUUCGAAAUAUUCCAUUCGAAGCGAGUGUCAAAGAAAUUGAGAGUUUAUUCCAAACUUUUGGAUCUGUGAAAAUGAUUCGAAUUCCAAGAAAGGUAAGUAAUUUAUCACCAAAACUCUGAAAUAUUCUCCAAAUUUCAGGCUGGCUUGAAAAAUCAACAUCGCGGUUUCGGAUUCGUCGAUUUUAUUUCGGUUGAUGAGGCAAAACGAGCAUUUGAGGCAGUUGUUCAUUCAACACAUUUGUUAGUUUUUUUUUACUUUACCAGCUAUUUUUCUAUUAUUAAAAUUGUUUUAGAUACGGUAGAAGAUUGGUUUUGGAAUGGGCGAAAGAAGAGGAAACCGUGGAACAACUUCGAGAAAAAACCGCUGGCAAAUUUGUGUAUGUUUUUUUGGAAUUAGAUUCGGGGGUUUUUCCAGAAGCUUCAAAUUACCAAAUUUCGAAAAAUUGAUAAAACACUUUUUGAAAACCUGAAACAGUGAAUUUUUCGAAAAACAAAGUUCGUAAAGAAUUUUGUUUAAAGAAAAAAAAACUUCAAAUAGAAGCUCGUUGAAACGAAAAUGAAAAUGAAAACAUUUUAUCGAAAUUUUGAAAAAUUCAGAUUUUUUCAAAAAAAAAUUAUUUUCUGAUUAUGGGGUGAUUCAAUUCGUUUUUUUUACGAUUAAUUGACAGAAAAUCCGAGUCAUUUUCGUGCGAUUUUUUCACGUUUUUGUCGAUUAAUUCCAUAUUUUUUGCAAUUAAUUGCAUGCAAAAAUGAGGAAUUGCAACAUGAACUAUAAUUUAUUUGACCUUUUUUUCGAAACGUGUUCUAAAUUCACUGCUUAUUUUUUUAAUUCAUUUCGAAAUGGAAGAUUAUUGAGGGAGAAUGAUGUUUUUUGUUGAUAAUUCCAACUCAUAUAGGUCACGUUUCAAAAUAUAGGUCAAAUAAAUUCUAUUUUUUAUGCCAUUAAUCGCAUUUUUUGCUAAGAAAUGAAAGCGAAGAAUUGACAAAAACGUGAAAUUAAUCGCCCUAAAAGACUCGGAUUUUUUGUCAAUAAAUUGACAAAUUCACGUCGAUUAAUUCGACUGAAUCACCCCAUUAGAAUUUGAUAUUUGCGUAUUUUUUUUAAUUGAUCAAACGUUAUUUUUUAAAUCUGAAACAGUGAAAUUAAUGAAAAAAACUGCAAAUUUUCCCAAUUUUCAAAAAUAAGUUCAUUAUUACUUAUGAAAAACGUUCACCUCUAAUUUUUCCAGCGGCGAAAAAGGUGCCAAAAAGAAGCUCAAAACUCAAAUGGAACAAUUUCAUCAACAAUUACAAAUCGCCGACGACGAAAAAGAUUAA